AUAAACCGAACCAAACCGGAACUCAUAAAUGUGGUUCAAAUUGCACGAAUGAAGAUGACGGAUACAUAAACCGUCAAAACUGAAUUAUCAAACACAACAAUGGCGAACAAGAAAACUCAAGAAAUGGCGAAUCUAUCUUCACAAAUCUGCAAUCAAAUCUCCUCCGUCUUCGCCACAUCAACCUCUCCAUAUCCACCACCACUAGAUCUCCUCGUAACAGAGCUCACCUCAAUCUCCUGCAACCGCAACUCUCGUAUCUUCCUCUACGGUGUCGGACGAGAAGGACUCAUGCUAAAAGCCUUCGCGAUGCGUCUCUUCCACCUUGGUCUCUCCGCUCACUUAGUCUUUGACAUGACCACACCACCAAUCUCAUCAUCUGAUCUCCUCAUCGCUUCAGCUGGUCCUGGAGGAUUCUCAACCGUCGAUGCGAUUUGCUCCGUAGCUAAAUCCAACGGUGCUAAAGUUCUUCUCCUUACAGCUCUGCCAGAGACAGGUUCUUGUGUGAAACAUGCGACAGAAGUGUGUUAUGUUCCUGCUCAAACUAUGGCUAGUGACAGUAGUGAUGCAGCGGAGAUAGGACAGAGACCUUUGUUGCCGAUGGGGAGUGUAUAUGAAGGAGCUUUGUUUGUGUUGUUUGAGAUGGUUGUUUACAAGUUAAGUGAGGUUUUGUCUGAGACUCCCGAGUCGGUACGUGCUCGUCACACUAACCUUGAGUGACGUAAGGUUUUGUUUAGCACGCCGUGUUGUUUUGCUAUUCCAGUUUAGAACUGCUUGUAAGAUUAUAACUUAAGAAUAAG